UCUUGAAGCUGGACGGGACCCCGCGGAGGGCAGAGCUGGGAGAGGACGGAGGAGGGUGAGCCGGACGGAGCGCGGCGGGGAGCGCCAUUCAAGUCGCUCAUUUCUCUCCGGUUAAAAUUUGUAGUUUUAAGAGAACCUGAGAGCCUGAAGGCGGCAGCCCUGGGAUAAGUGCUUUCUGUGGGCAUUCGGAACCUUCUGGUCCAGAGGAGAAGCCAUCCCCUCACCUGGACUUAUGACCCGUGGCUUCGUCCCUGGCUUGCCCAUUGAGUUCCACAAGAUGGGCUCCUUCCGCCGGCCCAGACCGCGCUUCAUGAGCUCCCCGGUGCUCAGCGACCUGCCCCGGUUCCAAGCCACCCGGCAGGCCCUGCAGCUGAGCUCCAACUCGGCCUGGAACAGCGUCCAGACUGCUGUGAUCAACGUCUUCAAAGGCGGAGGCUUGCAAAGCAACGAGCUCUAUGCACUGAAUGAAAACAUCAGGCGGCUGCUGAAGAGUGAACUUGGAUCGUUCAUUACAGACUAUUUCCAGAACCAGCUUCUUGCAAAAGGACUGUUGUUUGUGGAGGAGAAGAUUAAGCUGUGCGAAGGUGAAAAUCGCAUUGAGGUUCUGGCUGAAGUCUGGGACCACUUCUUCACUGAGACUCUCCCCACCCUGCAGGCAAUAUUUUAUCCAGUUCAGGGCCAGGAGCUAACCAUCCGCCAGAUCUCCCUGCUGGGCUUCCGUGACCUGGUCCUGCUCAAGGUGAAGCUGGGUGACCUGCUGCUGCUGGCUCAGGCCCAGCUGCCCUCGUCCAUCGUCCAGAUGUUGCUCAUCCUGCAGAGUGUUCAUGAGCCCACAGGUCCAAGCGAGGGUUAUUUGCAGCUGGAGGAGCUGGUGAAGCAAGUGGUUUCUCCUUUCCUGGGCAUCAGUGAGGACCGCGGCGCCUCAGGCCCCAUGUACACGUUGGCCAGGCGCCACUCCCGGGUCCGGCCCAAGGUCACCGUCCUGAACUACGCCUCCCCGAUGACCGCCAUCAGCCGGCCACUGAAUGAGAUGGUUCUGACCCCUCUGACGGAGCAGGAAGGGGAGGCCUACCUGGAGAAGUGCGGCAGCGUCCGGCGGCACACGGUGGCCAAUGCCCACUCGGACAUCCAGCUGCUGGCCAUGGCCUCCAUGAUGCACCCUGGCUUAGGCGAGGAGCCUGGCGCUGAGGACAAGUGCCUGCUUCUGCCGCCCAGCUUCUCCCCGCCCCACCGCCAGUGCUCCAGCGAGCCCAGCAUCACCGACGGCCCCGACCAGCGGGAGGAGGUGGCCGGGGGCAGCCCGGAGGACUCGGAGGUGAACAGUGCUUCCCUCAGCUGAGUGCCCGCCUCCGGGGCUUCCCGACUCCUGCCCGGCAACCGGGAUGAGGACGGCUCCAUGCUGUGAAUCGCCGAGGGGCUCCUCCUUUGGACAAUUGCUGCCGUCUGUCUUUUUGGGGACAGGCCCGGUCUAAGUGUCCGAGGGGGAGCCCCUGUUGUAAACCUCUCCGUUUUGGUGACUGUGACCACUUCUUCGCAGCCACAUAGACCCAACUGUCUAAUGUUCACUUGCUGGCUUCCAACCUUGCCUACCUGACUCGGAUCCUCAUCUCUGGGCUUCCCUCCCUCAGACAUUGGACUGUCCGAUGGUCCCAACGACAUAUCCCGGUGACCUUGGCGUUGCCGUGGCAGGAGGUUAUCUGAGCUGCACACCAAGCCAGUGAGGAUGUGUUGGCUUUCAGAGUUCCCCUGUAGGUCUGGUGAGGCAGAGGCUUGUGGGUAAAAAGAUACCUUUUCUCCCCUGUGUUUGUUUGUGGGGAGUGAAAGUAGACAGCAGCCCUUACCAACCAGGGUUCUGGGAAAGUGCCUUCCUUGUUUUUGUUUCAGAAUUAUGGGGAAAGAGCUGCCCCUCUGCUGGUGAGGGUCCAUCCUCACCUG